GACGCGCCUGCGCAGGGCGGCGCGUGCGAGACUGGGAGGCCGUUGGCGGCCGUUGGGUUACCUCAGCAGCCAGUCAGUGGGUCGGCUGGUCGGCGGCGCAGGCGCGCUGGGCCUUUUCCCUCCGCCUCACUAGUCUCUCCGCCCUCCCUUCAGAGCCGAGCAGGAGCCGCCGCCGCCGGUCUUGCCCUCGCCAUGGGCUCGGAGAAGGACUCGGAGUCGCCGCGCUCGACGUCCCUCCAUGCGGCCGCCCCGCCGGCCAAGUGCCCGAAGAGCGGCUCGGUGCGCGGCAGCGGCGGCGGCGGCACCACCACCAGCACCACCGCGGCCAGCGGCGGCGACGGGCCGGGCGGAGGAGUGAGCCGGGGCCGGCGCCGCCGCCGCCUGCUUAGCUUCCAGAGCGUCUUCUCGGCCGCCGCCUCCGCCGCGUCGUCGUCGGCCUCUGGCGCGGGCGUGCGCCGCCGCCGGGCCAAGGCCGCUAAGGCCAAGCCGGAGCCGCCGCAAGCCAAGCCCGCCCCGGUGGAGGAGGAGGAGGAGGAAGAGGAGGAGAACGAGGGCCAGCAGCGCACCGGCCCCGCGGCGGAGGAGGAGAGCGGCGCGGGCGCCGAGGGUCCUCUGCCGCCGCCCGCCGCCGCCUCCUCCCCGCCUCCGGCCGGGCCCGAGCAGGGCGAUGCUGCCGCCGCCGCCCCGCCGUCGUCCUCGUCUUCGUCCGCCGGCGAGGAGCCGCCGUCGCCGUCGGAGCUGGAGUGCCCGCUGUGCCUGGUCCGGCAGCCGGCGGGCAACGCGCCGCGCCUCCUCUCGUGCCCGCACCGCUCGUGCCGCGCCUGCCUCCGCCAGUACCUGCGCAUCGAGAUCACCGAGUCGCGCGUCAACAUCAGCUGCCCCGAGUGCAGCGAGCGCCUCAACCCGGCCGACAUCCGCCUGCUGCUCCGCGACUCGCCCCACUUGGUCGCCAAGUACGAGGAGUUCAUGCUCCGCCGCUGCCUGGCCGCCGACCCCGACUGCCGCUGGUGCCCGGCCCCGGACUGCGGUUAUGCUGUUAUUGCUUAUGGAUGUGCUAGCUGCCCCAAACUGACAUGUGAGAGAGAAGGCUGCCAGACUGAGUUUUGCUAUCACUGCAAACAAAUAUGGCACCCAAACCAAACUUGCGACAUGGCCCGCCAGCAAAGGGCACAGACGCUGCGAGUGCGGACAAAGCACACCUCAGGCCUCAGUUACGGACAGGAAUCUGGACCAGCGGAUGAUAUUAAGCCAUGUCCACGUUGCAGUGCCUACAUCAUCAAGAUGAAUGAUGGCAGCUGUAAUCACAUGACCUGUGCUGUGUGUGGCUGUGAGUUCUGCUGGCUGUGUAUGAAGGAAAUAUCUGAUUUGCAUUACCUCAGUCCUUCUGGUUGUACAUUCUGGGGCAAGAAGCCAUGGAGUCGUAAAAAGAAGAUUCUUUGGCAGCUGGGAACGCUGAUUGGUGCCCCAGUGGGUAUUUCUCUCAUUGCUGGCAUUGCCAUUCCAGCAAUGGUCAUUGGCAUCCCUGUUUAUGUUGGGAGAAAGAUUCAUAGCAGGUAUGAAGGAAAGAAAACCUCCAAGCACAAGAGGAACCUGGCCAUUACUGGUGGUGUAACUUUGUCUGUGAUUGCAUCACCUGUCAUUGCUGCUGUCAGUGUAGGUAUUGGAGUCCCUAUUAUGUUGGCCUAUGUCUAUGGAGUUGUGCCAAUAUCUUUGUGCCGAGGUGGUGGUUGUGGAGUUAGCACAGCCAAUGGGAAAGGAGUUAAGAUAGAGUUUGAUGAAGAUGAUGGGCCAAUUACAGUGGCAGAUGCUUGGAGAGCUCUGAAGAAUCCCAGCAUUGGGGAGAGCAGCAUUGAAGGCCUUACAAGCGUGCUGAGCACCAGUGGAAGCCCUACUGAUGGGCUCAGUGUCAUGCAGGGCAACUACAGCGAGACAGCCAGUUUUGCUGCCCUUUCAGGAGGCACCCUCAGCGGUGGAGUGCUUUUGGGAGGGAAGGGAAAGUACAGCAGGCUGGAAGUGCAGGCCGAUGUGCAGAAAGAGAUCUUCCCUAAGGAUUCAGUCAGCCUUGGAGCCAUUAGUGACAAUGCCAGCACGCGUGCCAUGGCAGGCUCCAUCAUUAGUUCUUACAACCCCCAGGACAGGGAGUGUAACAACAUGGAGAUCCAGGUGGACAUAGAGGCCAAGCCAAGUCAUUACCAGCUUGUCAGUGGGAGCAGUACAGAGGAUUCUCUCCAUGUUCACACCCAGAUGGCAGAGAAUGAGGAGGAGGAAGCAGAAGAAGAACAGGAGCAGAUGUGUAACCACCAAAGCUGUGAGCAGAAGGACUGCAUUGCCAGCAAAACCUGGGACAUCACUCUAGCACAGCCUGAAAGCAUCCGUAGUGACUUGGAGAGCUCGGACAGUCAGUCGGAUGAUGUGCCCGACAUUACCUCGGAUGAAUGUGAUUCCCCCUACCCCCAGACUGCUACCUGCCUGCAUCCCCCAAAUGCCAGAGGUGCUGAGAGCCCAAGUGCCCAUAUUAGCCUUUGUGCCCAAGCAGAGGGGCACAGGCCAGAGGAGAUAGUUGCUACCUUGGAGUGCAUUGAGGCCCGAGUAUGAGGCUGCUCCCUCUUGAGAAGAAGCACACUGAUUGUUACUGCCUCUACUUCAGUGAGGGCCUCCAGGAGUGGGGGUGGAUGUGUCCUUGUCAGCUUUUUGUUUCUGAUUCCUCAGACUGCUACCCUAACCAGUUUCUGGGGAAAUGGCAUUUCUUACAUGAUGAUGAUAAACCCUUGCUCUCUCUCUCUCCCUUUUUUUAAUUUAUUGAUUCAAGCGCUUGGUGAUGCUCAGUGAGUUGUGUAAGAGUGUACAUAAAGAUGUGUGUGUGUACAUCGUAUGUCUGCCAAACAUACGCAUAAGUACGCCUUUAAUAAAGAUCUCUGUUAUCAUUCAAAGCUGA